UCUGCGAGCCCAGCGAGGCAGAAGUCCCAGCACCGCACCCGCACCUCUCUCCGCGCCGCGGUGCCAGUCGCCGUACAACACAUCGCUAGUGUCUACGCAUUCCGUCACUCCUUCAUCAAUCAAUCGCCACGAUACCCAAAAUAAGCCUUCGACCGCUCGCACCUUAUUCUCCAGGCCGUGGUUCGGCCCUUUUAUGUUAUUUUAUUUUUUUCCCUCGUUUUUUUUGCUUUCCCCCCUCCGGGCCAGGUUGUCUUCUCCGACCCCGUAAGCUAGCAAGCAUUGUGUGCGUCGAGCGUGUCGUUACAUCAUAAUUCUCAACUUGGACCACUCCCGCACGUACACUCUUAAAACAACGUCGUCAUCGCCGUCACCAUGGCCCCGAUCGAAACCAAACCAUCCGAUAAUCCUUUGUCAGAACCGAACGGCGAGAAGAAGGCGUCCGAAAUUAAGUCCGAGGCCGCCUCCAACAGCGAACCCGGUCGACCGUUGGCGCCGCCGCCCAAGCCCGGCGAAGAUUACUUCUCGAGCAACCUCAGCCUCGAGCCCAACCCCUUUGAGCAGUCGUUCGGUACGGGAGGCACGGUGGAAACCCCUGGUGGCACGAAGCUGCCCAGCGUGGCCGCUCUGACAUCGCCGUCGUCGCUGCUGCCCGGAAACGGGAAUACACCGUUCAACUGGGGAGGCGGGUCUCUUAGGACGGGGCCGCUCAGUCCAGCUAUGCUCUCUGGCCCGGCGAACGACUACUUUGGUGACACAUCGCACACCCUACGCGGCGGAUUCACACCCAACGAGAGCUCCUUGCGGACGGGUCUGACGCCGGGCGGGGGUGGUUCCAUGUUCCCUGCCCCGAGUCCCAACUCGCAGGCCCUCUUUGCCCAAUUGGCGAGCGGCACGGCGACACCGAGCACGAUCGACUUCCAUCGCACGGCCAUGAGCGCGGCAGCAGCCAAGGCGAACCACGACAAGCCGCUACCCCAGGCCGUGACGUCGCAACCGCAGGAGCCGACUUCGUCCGCGGUCAAGUCCGAGUCGAAGCCGACGUCGGGCGCUUUCGACCCCCACGACAACGAUGCUGCUAACGGCCUCUUCAUGCUAGCCCAAGGCGCCCAGGGCCGUAACGGCACCCAAGCGCAAUACCCGGUCGGUGGCAGCCAGCCCCUGCACGCGCACCCGGCUGCCCCUCCGCCCAACGCAUCGAGCAACAACACCAACAACACGUCACCUCACAUGAACGGAAACGGCGCGCCGGCCCCGCCUCCGGCGCGGGGGGUCAGCGAGGCGGCGAGCGGCGCGUCGGAAGACAGCGAGCCGUCGAAGCCCAACGCGAGAGGGAAAGGCAAGCGUGGCAGUGCGGUGGUGUCGGUGGUCAACGGGCGGCGCAAAGCCGAGGAUACGCCCACCAAGCAGCCCGCUAACAAGAAGACCAAGACGGCGUCGUCGUCGAACGGCGACAUGGACAACUCGUCGGAGGACGAGGACGACGACAAGGCCAACAAUGACGGCCAAUCCAAGUCGAAGAUGACGGACGAAGAGAAGCGCAAGAACUUCCUGGAGAGGAACCGUGUUGCUGCUCUGAAGUGCCGUCAGCGCAAGAAGCAAUGGCUGGCUAACCUCCAGAACAAGGUGGAGAUGUACAGCAGCGAGAACGACGCCUUAACGGCGCAGAUAUCCCAGCUUAGAGAGGAGGUGGUCAAUCUCAAGACCCUGCUCCUAGCCCACAAAGACUGUCCCGUCACACAGCAACAGGGGCUGCAUGGGCCUUUCAUGCAGCAGACGAUGGAGACGUACAAUCCGCAGAUCAACCCUUACGGCAUGGCGGCGCCGAUCCCGAACCAACCGGUGAUGGCGGGGCAGGGGGUACAGCGACGCUUCUCGUAGGAUGAGAGCGUCGCUGCUCCCGAGCCCGCCGUCUACCGGGAGUCAACUGGUGGCCGGCAGGCAUGAUGACGCUCACUGUGGCGCUUAUUCUGGAUGACCUAAGAGCGUUGGCGCCUUGGACGUAUCGGGGACCGAGUGGUCGACCGAUCGUCGUGGGACCCAAGAGGGGAAAUUAAAAAAAAGCGGCGAUGUAUAAUGGUACGGGCGGCGGGACGAAUGACGAAAAACCAAACACAAAAAGGGGCGCUCUUGACCUUCUCGCGACACGAGAGGUUGGCGGGGCGCGCUCGAAGGGGGGGGAGGGGGACGGAGGCGCCCGCUCGUUAGCUGUUGUGUCUGUAAUAACAUUCGACUAUCAUGAUGAGAGAACGAACGGGGCACGGAGGCUGGCGGCUGCGACGGCGGCGCCGCGUCGACACGGCAUCGUGGAGACGGCGUGACGUUGCAGCUCGGCCGUACUACUUCUACUACCACCACCUCUCUACUGCUGCCGCCGCGACCGCUGGUGCCGCUUACUACUACUUACCGUCGGUUGACAUGGGGCCAGUGUGCGCACGUGCGUAUCUGGGCUGGGCGUACACAUCAAAAACGGUGUUGGGGUGUCGGGACGUGAUUUGAAUGUCUUGCGGCGUUGAGGGAGGCAGGCGAGGAGGGCAAUAACCGGGGAUUUGGCACCGCCCCUCCGUCCUUCUCGGGAGUACACGGCCUUCGUUUCGACAGUCUAUAUCUUUUUUUU